ACUGUUUUAACGGAUUUAGUAAAUGAUUUAAAACUUCCUCCCAGUAACUCACAGCUGUUAUAAAAACAAAGAAGGUAAAGCAACCCUACAGCAGAGUCAAACAUGGCGAGUGUUACUGUGACAUCCUGUUGGAAGAGUCUUCUGCUGGUGGCACUUAUGGGUGUACCAGGUUUGGGGACCAAGGUGCAGAUUUCUUGGAUUGGCAGGGUGACAGCCGGUUCCCCCACUACUUUCACAUGCUCAUCUAAUUGUUUUCCAAACUGCAUCUACACCUGGUCCUUUAAGGCCAGCACAGUCAAUGGGAGCACGUUAACUUGGACACCAGAUGGACUGGAUGAUACAGUGAAACUGCAAUGCACUGUCUUCAAUCCACAAACAGGAGUCUACACAAGUACUGACACCAUUGUAGAAAUUACAAAUCAAAUGUCUGUACAGGUCAGUCCGCUGAACACUGUCCCAUCUCUCAACCAGUCACUAAAUCUCAUCUGCAGUGAUGCCAGAUUUGGUGAUCCACAAGGUCUAUCAGACCUGGUCUGGUAUAAAGAUGGACAAGAGGUGACCCUGCGUGAAAAUAUGUGGCUUCAGCAAAACAACCUCACACUUCACUUUGACUCACUGCUGCCCUCUGAUGCUGGUUUCUACCAGUGUCAAACUUAUCUGCCUACAUCACAGACAAGAGUUGUCAGCCUGGGCUAUCUGCUCAGCUAUGAUCAGUGGAACGUCAGCAUUAGUGGACCUGACACUGUGUUUCCUGGUCAGUUAAGUGAGUUCACCUGCCUGACUAGCUGCACCUUAAAUGUGGAAUGCACCGUCACGUGGGAGUUCAGGGGAGGUUUCCCUGUUGGAACCUACUUUUCCAUCAACAAAAAUGUGGUCAAGUGGACUCCUUCACUACCUGGGACUUUUCAGAACUUCACCUGCGUUGCAAAGAAUAAAGCUGCUGGACGUUCUGCUGAGGCCACCAAGAUGGUAGAAGUUAAAGAUAUCCCAAUCUCUGGAUCAGAGGCGAUGCAGCUCAGUGGACUAUUUGCAGGAAUCCUCAGUCUGGGACUGUGGGUCCUCUAGGGUUGGGCUCUAAGAACAGUUUACUUAUUUUCAUUUUAAGGAGACUGUUCACCCCAGUAUCAACUUUAUGCCCAAAUAAAUAGAUAACUACACCAUGGAUUAUCACAGCCCAAUUACAACAUAAUAAUGAAAUGAAGCCGAUAUCUGCAAAAGUAACUCAGACCUACAGCCAGAGGAAAAUUACGUAAGUUUGAUUUUGGGGUGAACUGUCACUUUAAGUAUAGGUGGGUAUAUUUUCUCUGCUGUUUAUUUCUGGAGCAGCUUUUUAUUUUUUUAUUUUGUAUUAUUAUUCCUGCAAAACACUGCAAAAGAAAAGUAUGCAAUGUCAAAUGUUAGGAAAGGAGGAGCAGUCAUUUUUCAUUAUAUAUUAUUGUAAAACAUAUGAACACAUAAAUGAAAAAUAAAUUGUGUGUUUUAUGUCGCAAUCAGACUUGAUUCAUAUUUGACAAUUAAAUUUGAUACAUUAUUUACUUAGUGCUAAUUUAUAGUGUAUGUUUUAAAUAUGACCACAAGGUGUCACUAAAAACACAGAAGUCCUGGCUUUCAAGGACAGUGGAACGUAUCCAGUUAAUUAUUUCUAUGAAUGAUAUUGCAAUAAUUAUUCUGAUUGUUGGGAUUUCAAUGACAAACGUAAAGAUUAAUUUAUAAUUCUGUCAAUGCAUUUGUAACUCAGUUAAAAGAGAUUUUUGAGACGUCAGCCUGAUAAAGAAAUUGUGUCACCUCCACGCUGUGCCCCUGUGCUCAGUGAUUCACCAAUCUGUCUCCUGUUCUUUUCAAACUGAAAAAUUAAUACAGAGAAGAUAACCACACAGAGCAAACUGGGGAACACUGAGGUUUUUCAUGUGUUUUGUGUCUACCUGUGUUGUUUUCCUUUCCUCUUUUGUGAUAUUUCAGUUGGUUUAUUAGAUGUAACUAAAACUAAAACUUUUGCUUUCAUUUUGUUGUAAAAGAAACCGAGUUGUGCAUCCUGACCUCAUCCUAGUUUCAGCCAACUGCUUGUUUAAACUGUGCAGUCUCCAUAUCUGAUCUGUUUAUUGUAAACUAGAAAAUGUUUGGUGUCUUGUGAUAUGUCUAUGACGUGUUCUCUCUUUAAAAUUAAAGAAAUAUUUUUUGUCCAAAUUCCA